AAUAGCGAGUUCCGCGUCGGACCAACCCGGCCCUUGCACCCACCCCGGUCGCUGGGACGCAGGAGGAAGUCAAGUUCAUUUAGCAGUAGCCGAAAACAUGAGCGCUGUCGGGCACCGAGUUACUUUCUUGUUCGGCGUGUUGUGGACCAUCGUGCUGGGAAAGAUCCUGGAACCACAAAAUGUAACUAUUAGCCUGACCCAAUCCAAGAGGGUACUCAGAUGGAAUCCUGUUCCUUCCCAAGAUGGUCCACUGACAUACACCGUUCAAAAAUCUUUUGAAAGAGGAGAGAACCGAAUGUGGAUAGAUGCACAGAAAUGCGUGCAUAUCACGGAGACAGAAUGUGAAUUGUUGGACAGUCUCACCCUCAAUGUACCCUAUGAUCUAAGAGUGAGAGCAGAGCAUGGAAGUGAAACUUCAAACUGGGUUGAAGCAGUAUCGGCUCCAAGAAACAUAAAGAUUGAUUCUUAUAACUUAAAACAUGUUGUGAAAUGGAAUGCAGAUGUUCUUCAACUUAGUCCGGUGACCUAUUCUGUACAAUAUCAAGGGAACUUUGAAAGAACGACCAAGGACAAUUGGACUGAUGCAUUGAACUGCACCCACACUCCUGAGACUGAAUGUGAUUUGCUGGAUAAUCUUGCUUUCUUUGCAAAAUAUUAUCUAAGAGUGAGAACGGAGCAGGAAGGUGCAACAUCAGAAUGGGUUGAAAUAGAGCCCUUUUAUCCAUAUAAAGACACUGUGAUUGGACCUCCAUUAGUUACAGUGCUGUCAGAGGCAGGUGUGUUACACGUCACCAUUUUAGAUCCAGUCCGUGAGGAUGGAGAACCUAUUCGAAUAAAUUAUCGGGAUCUUAUUUACUAUGUAUUUUAUUGGGAAAAGACUGACGAUGUAAAUAUAAAUGUACGUAAUGUGACAACCGUUUCAUCAGUUUUGCUGCAAGAUCUUCAGGCGUGGACUACGUACUGCCUAGAAGUGCAGGCCUUUGUACCUAAUCUUUCAAAGCAAGGCUUGUCCAGUGCUGUGACUUGUUCUUCUGUCAGUGCUAACGCUAAGAGAAGAGCAAUUGAAGCAGCCCAGGUCCUAUUCAUCGCGUUGUUUACUGUUUUGCUGAUAACACUGGGAUGUUUUCUGUUUGUGAUCUAUGUACGCAGAACGGUCAAGCACCUAAUGUACCCAUCCUACAGCCUCCCGGUGCAUAUAAGAGAGUAUUUGACCGAAUCAUCCCAACAGCCUAUAUUUCCAGUGGUGCUUAAAGAUGACCUCCAGGAGGAUCACUGGGAUAAACUCUCUAUUGUGUCACAAUCAGAAACUUCACCAGUGUUACUAAAUUCAGCUAAAGCCGGUGAGAAGAAAAUGCACCAAGAGACAAUCAAGUCUGUCUCGAAAUUUCCUAGCGAAGACGAGGACAUGGAAAGCAGUCAAUCAAGUGUAGAUUCUGGACAUUAUUCAAAUAGUACACAAGAUUCUUCCUCUAAAAAUCCACAGAACAUAGAUCAUUACUACAGUUAUAACCCUUCAACCAUCAGGCCCCUGCAUCAGCGUGGAUAACCUCACUCAUCUCAA